AUGUUCCUCACCAGGACUGAGUAUGAUAGAGGAGUCAAUACUUUCUCUCCUGAAGGCCGGCUGUUUCAAGUCGAGUAUGCCAUUGAAGCUAUCAAGCUUGGCUCAACUGCAAUUGGGAUAAAGACCAAGGAGGGAGUAGUUCUUGCUGUUGAGAAGCGAAUUACCUCACCGCUUUUGGAGCCUAGCAGUGUGGAGAAAAUUAUGGAGAUUGAUGAACAUAUUGGGUGUGCCAUGAGUGGCUUAAUUGCUGAUGCGCGCACAUUGGUUGAACAUGCACGAGUCGAGACUCAGAAUCAUAGGUUCUCGUAUGGGGAGCCCAUGACUGUCGAGUCGACUACUCAAGCUCUCUGUGACCUUGCCUUGCGCUUUGGUGAGGGAGAUGAGGAAUCAAUGUCGAGGCCUUUUGGUGUAUCUCUUCUCAUUGCUGGUCAUGAUGAGAAUGGACCCAGCUUAUACUAUACGGAUCCUUCUGGUACUUUCUGGCAAUGCAAUGCGAAAGCCAUUGGGUCGGGCUCUGAAGGUGCUGACAGCUCUUUGCAGGAGCAGUUCAAUAAGGAUCUGACUCUUAAGGAAGCUGAAACCAUUGCUCUUUCUAUCCUCAAGCAAGUUAUGGAGGAAAAGGUUACACCUAACAAUGUUGACAUUGCCAAGGUUUCACCAAGGUACCAUCUUUACACCCCUUCUGAAGUCGAGGCUGUCAUCAAUCGCCUGUGA